AGUGAAGUCAGGCUCAGGCAGUUAAGUCGCAGCCGCACCUAACCUCAGAGCGUACGGCAACUUGCAAUAUGGAUGUCGAUACGGCGAGUGACAAUACGUCCAUUGACGACAAGAUAGACGACUUUUGCGAAAAUCCCACGCGGGAUGCGUUGACGGAGGGUCUUAUGAGCCUUCUGAAACCGACAGUGGACCAACUGGACGAUAAAAUUCGCUCUACAAGAAUAUGCCAAAUUGAGUUGAAGCAGCGGAUUGAAUCCUUAACGGAGGAACUUCAGAGGAUCAAUGAAGCGCUGCAGUAUCCGCUAGAUAUAGACACCUAUGUAAAAAAACUUGUUAAUGCCAAGCAUAAGAUCACCAUUGUUAGUAACAUUUUACAAACCACCCAGGAACGCCUGAAUAAGGUGCAUCAGGCUGUCGAGAAGAGUACUGCCAAACGAAAGACUCUCUUAGACAAUAGUUCUGCUUACAGCAGCACAACUAGCGACACGGACAAAGAGGAAGCAGCUAAAGCUGAGACUGAUAAGCAGCAAUAAUUUCUAAUAUCAUUACAUGUUUGAUUGAUAGAACAUCAUGUCCAAGUUGUUACUAAAAGAUUUUGUAUAA